ACAGGACGAGUUGUCAUGGCAACUGUACAGCAUGUGCUUACAAAAACAAGAGCUUGACCGUUCACCGACAGUUCUCUCGACACUCGACAUCUACGACGCCAUCUUCUUCUUCCAGCGUUCACCGGAGAAGAGGACGGGAGGCGAGCGUUGUAACGGAGGGAAGCCGAAGAGAGUCAACGAUGAGCGGAGCCAAAGCCCGCAGCGACGCGCCUGUUGCUGAAAAUGUCUCCGGCGGCGGGCACAGCACUGCGGCUCCUCCGCGGGACCGCAAGCCCGGCGGAGGGGUUCUGAAGAGGCUCAAGUCCCGGAGGAGCCAGGUGGACAGCAGGCCCGUCACGGAGGAAGACCUGCAGACACAGAGUGGACACAUCACGCCGGAGGAUGUGUUGGGACUGCGGGUGGCUACGCGAGGGUACCUCUGUAAACCUGAGGACAAUAUUUAUAACAUCGACUUUGUACGCUUUAAGAUCAGAGACCUGGAGACCAGCACUGUCCUGUUUGAGAUUGCCAAACCCCCACAUACAGACGACGAUGAGGAGAACAGGGAGGCAGACGCCAGUGCGGGACGAUUUGUACGCUACCAGUUCACUCCAGCCUUCCUACGACUGAGGACUGUGGGAGCUACGGUGGAAUUCACAGUUGGAAACCGGCCUCUGAACAACUUCCGCAUGAUCGAGAGGCACUACUUCCGGGAUCACCUGCUGAAGAGCUUUGACUUUGACUUUGGCUUCUGUAUCCCAAACAGCCGAAACACCUGUGAGCACAUCUAUGAGUUCCCCCAGCUGUCUGAGAGCCUGGUCCGUCAGAUGGUGGAGUGUCCUUAUGAGACCCGGUCAGACAGCUUCUAUUUCGUCGAGAACAGACUGGUCAUGCACAACAAGGCAGACUAUGCUUAUAAUGGAGGACAGUGAUAUCUGCCUGCUAGCAUGCCAACACACACACACACACACACACACACACACACACACACACACACACACACACACACACAUAAACAUGUGCAUGCACACACAUCUCCUCACAUUUAUAGAUAUACAUAUACACACAUGCAUGCAUACAGCUGAACAUACAUACAGUUCAUUCUCUCAUACAUGCACAAGCAGCUACAGACACAGUUGAAUCACCUCUUAUGUUUGUAAAGAUGAAUUCAUUGUGAUCAUUUUCGGGGGUGUAUUUGAUAUUGCAGGAGCUCAAUAUCAGUUUCUGCUCUGAUGUAAAAAACAGGAAGCUUCUGUUAGAAAAUGGUUUAAAACUGGUUAAUUUAUCAGUUUUUAAUUAUGGAAAAAUCUGUUUUCAACCAAAAGAGGACUCAUCACUCUAGUGGCCAUGUGACACAUGUCUUAAACAGACUGAAUGGUUAUUCAAUUGACGGUUAGUCUCCUUUUAGCAAUUUUAAAAGUGUCCUACCACCCCCUCGAUACACACACACACACACACACACACACACACACACACAUUCACACACACACACACACACACACACUCAAUCCCCAAGUGACAGACAAAGUGUUUACACAGUGUUUGUCAGAAGCAGCUGUUCUCAGAGCUACCGCCUCCACAAUCCACUCCAGACAAUAUCAGGGGAGAAAGAGAGAAACCAUCCACAAAAACACUCCUGUCAAACACACAUGGUCACUCCUGUGAUCCCCUCCACAUCUACCACCCCUCCUCUCUUGCUUUUCAUAAACACACAGACACAUCAGCAAUAGUACUGUAUAAGAUUUUGAUCAAAGGUCUCUUUUUUUUGUCUGUUCAACAGUUUUCUCUGGUUGAUAGCAACAUGGAAAAAGGUCAGGUGAAGGUUAACUGCGGUGCAACCGGAACCUUGAACUGUAACCAUUCAAAAGACAAUAACCUCAAGGGAAAUUUCAAGUCAAAAACUUCUCAUGAGUUCAGAGAAUGGCAGAAAUGAUCUGAUAUCAUGAUGCAUGUGAUGAUAUAAACAAAAAAGGGUUUUCCCUUUUUUGAUUUGUAAGACUUUAUCUGGUAUUCACUGUGGAAAAAAAUGAAAAUGGUAAAACUGUACUUGGUCCACUGAAAAGGUUUAAAGCCACAUAAAAUAUUUGUCCCCUGUUUAAUUACCUGUAUUUUUAAAUAAUGUAUUUGUCAGAUACGUUUUAACGCAUCAAAAUCAAAUUGGAAUAUGUCUGGAAACUGAGUGGUCUUUCUUCUAGCUAGAUAGUGUACUUCCUCUUUGUACUUUGUAAACUUUGGUGUUCGGGGUUAAAGGUAAAGAUAUAUAUAUAUAUAGUUUGUAAAAAGUGAUCAAUUAAAAUAAAUGUACAUUUUCAGAUACAA